GUGCUGCCUACAAAGCACCACAUUAGUCCGUAAAUACGCGGCGUGGAAUCGCUGGCCAUUUGUGGUAGCGACACUACCGAUGAUGCACCUGAACGUGGCCCUUUGGGCGUGCGGCGCCCUUCUGGCGGUGCUCCUCGCCUGGCAGCAGCGCAAGUGCUGGCGGCUCAUCUGGCAGCUGAACGGAUGGCGCGGAGUGGUCCAGCAGCCGGUGCUAUGGUUCCUCCUCUGCAUCAAUCUGCAUCCCAACAGCAUUCUGGAGAAGGUAUCCCAGUAUCGGGUGCACUUCCAGCGCCCGCUGGCCGUUCUCGUGGGCACCCGAGUCCUACUCUACAUCGAUGAUCCGGCCGGCAUGGAAUGCGUCCUCAAUGCGCCCGAGUGCCUGGACAAGACCUUUCUGCAGGAUGGCUUCUUUGUUCGUCGCGGUCUGCUUCAUGCCAGAGGGCAAAAAUGGAAGUUGCGCCGCAAGCAGCUGAAUCCCGCCUUCAGUCACAAUAUCGUGGCCAGUUUCUUCGAUGUCUUCAAUUCCGUGGGCAAUCAGAUGGUCGAACAGUUCCAAUCGCAGCCGAAUCUCCAUGGACAGGCGGUCAAGUUCACGGCUGCCGAGGAUUUGCUCAGUCGAGCUGUUCUCGAGGUCUCCUGCUUGACCAUCAUGGGCACUCCAACCAAUUUCACGCAAUUGGAUGACGCGCACAUUGCCCACAGUUACAAGCGACUGUUGGAGAUCUCAGCCGUUCGGGUGGUGAAGCCAUGGCUACAGAUACGCCAAUUGCAUCGGCUAUUGGCGCCGGAACUUUACGAGGAGUCCAGAAGGUGCGCCAAAUUGCUGGAGGAUUUCGUCGGCGGCAUCGUGAGGACGAAGCAUCGCAACUGGCGGCUAAGGGACGCCGUUGGCGGUGAAAAGUCUGGAGAGGAUUCGUCCAACGGCUGGCAGAGGCGCAUCUUCAUCGAGCAGAUCUUUCAGCUGGCCGCCAAUGGAGAGAUGACGCUCGAAGAGAUCAUGGACGAGGCACAGUCCAUGGUACUGGUGUCCUUUGAGACGGUGUCCAAUAGCAUAAUGCUGGCCCUGCUCUGCUUGGCCACCAACAAGGGCGACUGCCAGCGACGUUUGCUGGCGGAGAUCAGGGCACUCGUGCCGGAUGGCGGCCAGGUGGGCUUGGAGCAGCUGCAGCAGCUGCGCUAUCUGGAUGCCUUUGUCAGCGAAUCGCUGCGCCUCUUGGCCACCGUGCCGAUGAAUCUGCGCCACGUCAGUCGCGAUUUCCAGCUGGCGGGCAGGCAGCGCGAAGCGAUCGUGCCCCAAAACAGCAUCGUGGUGCUGGACACCUUCAAUAUGCAACGCGACGAGCGCUGGUGGGGCGCCAACGCCAAGCAGUUCGAUCCGCAGCGGUUUCUCGACCAGGAGAAGGAGCAGCUGUCCCAGGGGCAGAAUGGUUCGGGAUCGGGAGAAACACGGAGGCAGCGCGAUCGGCGACACUCCUACAGCUUCCUGCCCUUCUCCAAUGGUCUGCGAUCGUGUAUCGGUCGUCGCUAUGGACUUUUUAUCAUGAAGGUGUUCCUGGUCAAGCUAAUCUCCAACUUUGAUUUUCACAGCGAUUUCGAGCUGGAGAAGCUGCAGUUUGUCGAAAACAUAUCGCUAAAGUUCAAAAACGCCGAUGACAUCUUGCUGACAAUCCAGCCACACAAGCUGUCCACUUGAGAUGCAUUGUUUAUCCGCUUUCCAAAUACUAUAUUAGCACUUUUUUUUGUCAUAUAUGUUAUUAAGCUUAUGCA